UCAUUAACUUUUCUUCUCUCUCUUUUCUUUUUAAUUUAUAAAAAGCCCUUGCGUUUCUUUCAAUUCCUCAACACAUUAAAAAAAAGCAAGUCAACAGAAUACAAAAUGGCCAACGUUGCUCCGGGAAAUGCCGGCGGUCACUUCGGAGAUUUUCCGGCGUUUCAUACCUACGGCGGUCAAUUUAUUCAGUACAGUAUUUUUGGAAACUUAUUUGAGAUCACGUCUAAAUAUCGGCCUCCCAUCAUGCCAAUCGGUCGUGGAGCCUACGGCAUCGUCUGCUCGGUGUUGAAUUCGGAGACGAAUGAAAUGGUAGCGGUAAAGAAAAUCGCCAACGCUUUCGAUAAUCACAUGGACGCUAAGCGUACGCUUCGUGAAAUUAAGCUCCUCCGACAUUUGGAUCACGAGAAUGUUAUCGCAAUUAGAGAUGUCAUUCCUCCGCCUUUGCGGAGAGAUUUUACUGAUGUCUACAUUGCCUUGGAGCUCAUGGAUACCGAUCUUCACCAAAUAAUUCGCUCCAAUCAGAGUUUAUCUGAGGAGCAUUGUCAGUAUUUCUUAUAUCAGCUUCUUCGAGGACUCAAGUACAUUCAUUCUGCAAAUGUGAUUCAUAGAGAUUUGAAACCCAGCAACCUCUUGCUGAAUGCUAAUUGUGAUCUUAAGAUUUGUGACUUUGGUCUCGCUCGACCUGCCUCCGAGAAUGAGUUUAUGACGGAAUAUGUUGUCACGAGAUGGUAUAGGGCACCAGAGAUAUUGCUGAACUCUUCGGACUACACGGCCGCCAUAGAUGUGUGGUCUGUUGGUUGCAUUUUUAUGGAGCUCAUGAAUAGAAAACCUUUGUUUCCUGGAAAUGAUCAUGUACAUCAAAUGCGUUUGUUGACAGAGCUGCUUGGCACACCAACUGAAUCUGAUCUUGGGUUUCUUCAAAAUGAGGACGCGAGAAGAUACAUCAGGCAGCUACCUGCAUACCCUCGUCAACAGCUAGCUAAUGUUUACCCACAUGUUAAUCGGUUGGCUCUUGAUCUGAUUGAUAGAAUGUUGACAUUUGAUCCAACGAGAAGAAUUACUGUUGAAGAAGCAUUGGCCCAUCCUUAUCUUGAAAGGUUACACGACAUAGCUGAUGAACCAGUGUGCCCUGAGCCAUUUAAUUUCGAUUUUGAGCAGCAACCAUUGGGAGAAGAGCAGAUGAAGGACAUGAUUUACCGGGAAGCCUUAGCUCUGAAUCCAGAUUAUGCUCGAUAACAAAAUAGAGUUAUCUUCUAAGUGCGCCAGUCCAAGUAAUCUUUGAUGUAAGACUGUGGUGGCUGAUGAUACAUACCGACCAGAAUAUGCCAAUGGGUUGCCCGCCUUGAUUUUAGCUUUCACGAGGUCAGUCCCUUGCAAGCCACAAGACUCUGUGCUUUCGCCAUUUCUGAUGUGUUGAUAUGUUAUUUCUUUGACCUUGAUUUUCUGAAUGUCUCACAUGUAUUAUUAUUAUUAUUAUUAUUAUUAUUAUUACUAUUAUUAUUUUCUGAUUGACUGUAACACGGGAAAAAGAUCAAUCCUGCUGUAAGAAAUAUAAAGUGGAAGUUUACAUUAUUUUGUAUAAAUUUGUCAAUCAAAUAGUAUUUUGUAUUUCAAA